CGUGAGGCACUCGAGCUCGGCCUUAGCCAUCUCGUAGGGCACUUAUGCUCGGCCCCAGCCAAUCAAGCUCGGCCCCAACCACUCAAGCUCAGCCCCAGCCGCUCAAGCUCGGCCUUAGCCACUCAAACUCGGCCUCAGCCGCUCGAGAUCGGCCUCAGACACUUAAGCUCUGAACCGACAAUGUACAAAGUACGAGAGCUGAUCAUUUCAAGACAAUGAGCAGAGUAUGUGUUUCUUCUUGCCGUUCCGGACAGCGAGUUGGCAUUAUGUUCCUGACCUGUUGCGUUGUUUGCCUUACUUCACCAUGCUCGGGACGUCAAGUUGGCGAUGCAUUCCGUACAGCAAGGAAGACGGUGUCCUUCCGUGGCGGAUUGUUGCUCUACUUCCACUUCACCUCGAGUUCCUCUCGGCUCGGAAAGUGGGGGACUCAUGAUGGAUACCCCGGACAGGGGCUCAAGAACGAGAAGGACAAGAAGGCACCGAAGAAGCAGCGUGCCUACAUUUCUUGGGAGAACGACGGCUCCGGGAGUGAAGACUCGGAAACGGAAGAAGUGGCCAACUUGUGUCUCAUGGCCAUUGAAGAUGGUGAUGCAUCAAAAGAGGUAAGUGAUCAAGAACCUUCUCCCAAUGAUCCUUUAACUCUUAAUGAUGUUGUUUGCAUUGUUGAAGAUUUGGUAACCGUGUCAUCUUUGAUUCUAGNGGAAGAAUCAUUGGAAGUGGCACCGUCGGAAAGGACAAUGCUACAACCGUUGAGAACGUUCUUCUUGUUGAGGGCCUCAAGCACAAUCUUCUUAGCAUUAGCCAAUUGUGCGAUAGAGGUAACCGUGUCAUCUUUGAUUCUAGAAAAUGCAUUGUAGAACGCUUGUGUGACAAUAAGACUAUUCUUUGUAG